CACUGGAGAGUUCAAAGUCAUCGUCUGAUCAUUCCUUUCGACAGACACCAUCUCGAAGACGACAGCGACCAACGGAGACUACAAUCUCCUGACUGUACGGCCUGACUGGACGACAUUUUGCCACGGCCCGCACCGCCCGCCGUCCCUCUCUCUCUCGGCCACCAAGGCUGACUGACAGGCAAUCGAUCCACCACCCACCCCCACAACCCCCUAUCGCUUGUCGCUCAUUUGCCUCCUCCUCCUCCUCCUGCACCGGCGCGACCUCUGUUCCACUUUCAACUCGACCCCACUUCCACCGCCAUCUCUUGCUCACAUCAGCCAUUUACACCCCCACACACACUGCACAUCACACCCGCCCCGCGCAUCAUCAAAGGCACCUACAGACAGGACCCUUGCUUCAUCAUCACACCCACACCCUCCUCGCCUCGCCCCGCCCAUCUCGGCCCUCUCGCGCACCCCACUCCGCCAAGACAUCAUCCCUUGCCAAGCACGACUAACGAUCCACCCUUCCGCCGUCGCUAUCGCAAGCUACCCCCUCGGCAGCCACCUACUUGAGCCGCCUCGAGUGAUCACCGAGAGCUCGCAUCCCAUCCUUUUCCCCAUCCAUCCCGCCUCGAUGAGCACAUAGCGGCUUGCGCCGGAUCAAUCAGUCACCACCACCAAACCCCCGCUAUCUCACUCGAGCGCUCGCACACGACCGCAUCUCUCAUGCCGUCGCCGCCGGGGGCCGCGCCCCCAUCCGGCCUUGCGAGCAGCAGGUCGACACAGCAGCAGUUACAGCAGCAGGUGUCGACAUCGUCCACAUCCAGCGGCGGAACCAUGACCCAGGCUUCCACCGUCUCGUCGACGGCGAGCUUCAUGGGCGCGCCGACACCCUACAACACCAUGUGCGACCCGUCGGCGUACGACACGGCGUCGCGCGUCGGCGGCACCACGACGGGCUACGGCGCCGAUCACGACAUCGGCAUGUCGUCGGCGUCUGUGUCUGACGCUGAGAUUCUCUACGAGCCAGGAAACGACGCAGACAUCAGCAUCGGCCCCACGCUGUCUCCUGCAUCGUCGCGACGCCGCCCGUCGUCAAUCGCCGACGGGCUCACGUCCGAGCAGUCGGCGACCCCGUCCCGCAUUCGUCUCCUACCCUACUCCAAGACGUCGACUGGAGACUACAUCCCCCGCAGCGACCGCCCCGUCCCCGCACCACCCGCUGCCAUCUCCUCUACAUUCUCCCGUGAAGGCACGGACCUGGGCCUCACAUCCAUCAUCUCAACGCCGAGCUCGGCACAUUACAUCUCAGACGCUACGACCAGCAGUACGAAUCGCCUGACUUCCCGGUUCAGGCGCGGCUCUGCGCAGCCCCCGAAAGAGGUCGAUCGGGAUACGCAGCGGCUCCAGCAGUUAGGAUACGACGCUGUUCUUGGAAGAGACUACACUUUCUGGUCUAGUUUGGCUAUCUCAUGGCUUAAUAUAGGCUGUUUACAGGGGACAAUCUUCGCCGUCCCAGGUUCUUAUCGCUACGGUGGACCAGCAAUGAUGCUCGUCGCCUGGCCCAUAUCCGGUGUCCUCAGCGUCUGCCUCGUCUUCACCCUCUCGGAACUAGCAUCCGCCUACCCCGUCGCCGGCGCCAUGGCCUCUUGGUCAUGGAAGCUCGCUCGCGGUGGCGUCGGCGGCGAACGCUACUGGGGAUGGGCAAUGGGUGGUAUCGUUCUUGGCGGACAUAUUGCAAACCUCAUCCUCCUUGCGUGGGAGACGGUCAAUGUUAUUGAAGGCACCAUGGGCUUGGCCUUUGAGUUUACUCCAAAGCCAUGGCAAGGGGUUCUGUUCUUCCUCGCGCUCGUGCUGGUCGUGGGCUCGGUCGGAGCAACAACCAUGGGUCGUAGCCCCCGCUACUGGCUGGUAGCGUUCGGCUACGGGUUAUCGGUGUGGGUUGUGCUCUGCGUCUCGCUUCUUGCAACUGGUGUCAGCAGACGCAACUACUCGCCGCCGAUUUCCACAAAGUUUUACAACUCGACGGGCUGGAACUCAAGGGGCCUCGUUUACAUCCUGGGGUGGCAGUACACGACUAUUGCGAGCGGUUCGGAUGCGUCGGCCCACAUGUCCGAGGAAACACAGCGCCCGUCGCGUAACGUGCCCAACGCCAUGACCGUGUCGGUUAUCCUCACCUACGUGCUGGCCUACAUCUCGAUUAUCCUGCUGUUCAUCUCGGUCAAUCCCGAUGACGCACAGUACAUCUCGGGACAAUCCUUCCCCGUUGGCCACAUUCUCGCAAAGGCCAUCUCUAUGGACGGCGCAAUCGGCAUCUGUGUUUUACUGAUCGUCGCAUUGUGUCUGCAGAUGCAGGCGCAACUCCAAGCCUCGUCACGAUUCAUGUUCGCCCUCGCCCGUGACCGCGCCGUGCCCUUCUCGGACCGCAUCCAGCGCACAAACUCGAGCAAGAACCCUGCCUUUGCCAACUGGGUCGUUGUCGCCAUGUGGGCACCUUUUUCAUGCCUGCUGUUUGUCGGCAACUACCAGGUCAUGUACUCGGUCGUCACGACGGCAGCGGCAUCACUCAGCAUGCUGGGAUACUUUGUGCCAGUCUUCCUCUACCUCAUCUCGGGCAUGGACUUGCAGAAUGAGGGACGCUCGUCUUGGUCGAUGCGCAAGAUGAGCAAGCCUUUUGCCUUCAUUGGCGCCGUGUUCUGCUUUGUCGUCAUCAUCGUCCAGGUCAUCCCGCCAAAGAGUCCCGUCAGGGCUUCCAACAUGAGCUGGCAACCUGUCGUUAUCACCUGCGUCCUGAUCCUCUGCUUUAUCACCUGGAAGCUCUACGGCGCAAAGCACUACUCUGGCCCCAUCCGUGCUCUGACCAAAUGGCAAACUGGUGUUGAAAUCGACCUCGACUCGACGCUCCACGCGUCGACAAACCGAGCAAACGACCCGUCCCGCUCGGAUGGGUCAUUCAAGAUUCUCCCAACCCCGCUGUACGAGAGUGCAGUUCAUACUGUCACAGUGGGGUCAGCACGCACUGUUGAGACCAUGCCCGGGAACGGCGAGUGGGCACAGCAGAGCUUCACGACAGACGAGUCUGGCUGGAACGGCUCGAACUGGGGCUCUGGGUCAAGCUCGGGCCGACGAGGAUCAGGCAACGGCGGCUCGGGUACCGAGUCGAGCGUGACCUUUGCCCGCACGUCGCGUCACGGGCUCGGCGGCGGAAUGGGACGGGUAGCUGAGGAUUCGGAGGGCGAGGCGGCGGCCACGGCCCAGGCGGCUGCCAACCCUACGCGGAGCGUUACGGUUGGCGCACCGCCUCCCGACGACGACGACGACGACGUGAUUGAGGAUGGGAUCGAGGCGUCGCACAGCGUGAGCUGGGGCGACGUGAGUAGUGGCGGCGGCAGGGCAAAGCCGUGAAAAAACAUCAACUCGAUGAUUGAUCUCUUGCGACGAUCUUUGGGCAUGUGUUGUACGCUGGUGGCUUGAUCACCUGUCAAUGUAAUUUUACCUCUCG